AGAGAGAGUGAAAAAAAAUUUGCCUGAUUUGAAGUCACGGCUUAUUUCACAUCCGGUUUACACACGGGCACAUUAGUAUAGGUUUGGUCGAAUAAAGCUUCCUGCAAUCUGCAGUUCCCCUUCAUCCUGUAGAUUCAGUUGUAAAUGAAAUAAUUCGGCGCUUCUCCGACACGUACAAGAAGGCAGCGAGACUGUGACGGCUCCCGCAUGGGAAUGCUGAUCACAGCCAGGAGAGAUUGCAUCGUGUGUGUGCUGCUUCUGAUUCAGACGUUGGUUCCCCCUUAAAAAAAAUCAGAGAGAGAGAGCAGGGAAAGAAAAAUCCAACAAGCAGCGAGACGUGUGCGUUUUGCAUUUGAAGUCAGCAUACUAACAACUCGGUAGAGAAGUUUGCAACGCCAAUCCAGUCUUGUAAGAUACAGCAUUGCUUUGGAUAGCGUUGAUUUUGGAGCGCCAAAUGCCGCAUCUACUUUAUGUUUAGGAAACUCGGCGCACGUUCAGCUGUGUUUGCUACGUGGACUGCUAUGGAGCGAAUUACUGCUCUAAACAGCUGCGUAUCAGCGAUAUUUUGGCUUCUGUUCCUAAACGCAGCGUUCCGCCCAAGCUUUGCAAUGUCUGAUGAAGCCAAGAACAACAUUACAAUCUUCACAAGAAUCCUCGACAGUCUUCUGGAUGGAUAUGACAACCGUCUGAGACCAGGCUUGGGAGAGCGGAUAACACAAGUCAAGACUGAUAUCUAUGUAACAAGUUUUGGGCCUGUUUCAGAUACAGAUAUGGAAUAUACAAUAGACGUGUUUUUCCGUCAGAGCUGGGAAGAUGAAAGGUUGAAAUUCAAAGGACCCAUGACAAUACUUCGUUUAAAUAAUCUAAUGGCUAGCAGAAUCUGGACACCAGAUACCUUCUUCCACAAUGGAAAAAAAUCAGUGGCGCAUAACAUGACGAUGCCCAAUAAAUUGCUGAGGAUUACUGAAGAUGGAACACUCUUGUACACAAUGAGAUUGACCGUUCGUGCUGAGUGUCCUAUGCAUUUAGAAGAUUUCCCAAUGGAUGCUCAUGCAUGUCCUCUAAAAUUUGGCAGUUAUGCAUACACAACAUCUGAGGUCAUGUACACGUGGACACAUGGAGCGUCCCAAUCAGUUGUUGUAGCUGAAGAUGGCUCUCGUUUGAAUCAAUAUGACUUAAUGGGACAAAGUGUGGGAACAGUCAUUAUUAAAUCCAGUACAGGUGAAUAUGUGGUUAUGACUGCUCACUUCCACUUGAAGAGAAAAAUUGGCUACUUUGUAAUUCAAACUUACUUACCAUGUAUCAUGACAGUUAUUCUCUCACAAGUGUCAUUCUGGUUAAACAGGGAAUCUGUCCCUGCAAGAACUGUCUUUGGGGUCACAACCGUAUUGACUAUGACAACACUGAGCAUCAGUGCCAGGAACUCACUCCCCAAAGUUGCAUAUGCAACUGCUAUGGAUUGGUUCAUCGCCGUUUGCUAUGCUUUCGUGUUUUCAGCACUUAUUGAAUUUGCCACAGUGAACUACUUCACAAAGAGGAGUUGGGCUUGGGAUGGAAAAAGCUUAGUUCCUGAAAAGAGAAAGGAAAAGGACCGAGAGGCUCUAUUGAAGAAAAACAACACCUACACAGCAACAUCAGCGAACUUUGCACCAAACAUUGCAAAGGAUGCAGGCUUGGCAACGAUUGCAAAGAGCGCUGGUGCCGAAUCAAAAGAACCCAAACCAGAACAAAAGCCUCCGGAACCGAAGAAAACUUUCAACAGUGUCAGUAAAAUUGACAGACUGGCCAGAAUAGCAUUUCCAUUAAUGUUUGGGAUUUUCAACUUGGUUUAUUGGGCUACUUAUUUGAAUAGGGAGUUAGUUAUCAAAGGUGAUGACGAGCAUGACUAGGAAGCGUAGAAAAAAAGCUUAGAUUUCAAAAUAAUUUCACUUGCUGGAAAAUUACAUCAAACUUCUAACAGAUUAUAGUUCCCCAUUCAAUUUAUUGCAUAUUUUCUUUCUCUUUUGUCCUUUCUGAUACAAAAUCCUAAUAACUAUCUGACAACUAGAAAGAAAACUCUCACGUUCUCUCUCUGCCUAAGUGUGUAAAGCAUUAUUACAUUGUUGGUAAGACCAAUCUUGUUCUGAGAUCCUAGCUGACUGAACAGAAUUAUUACUGAUUAUCUAUUCUCAUUUUACAGCAACUUAAGCAGCAUGUCCAUGAUAGAAGAAAUUUGGAUUAAACUAUUCUCACAGCAGGGUUUAUGUAUAAUAGUGAAAUAGUCUUAAUCAUUUCUGGCUCUUAACCAGAAACAGUGAGAAGCUUGUUUCUGUAGUUAGGUAAAGUACAUGAUCAUCGUUGGCUGCAGACUAUAUGGAUUAUUUUUGUUUACUUUCAGGAUCUUUUGGGGGAAAAGUUUUCAAAUGUAGAAAUUUAUACUGUGUAGGUUGUAUAUGGCUUAGCUAUAUUUCCUUUCAAAUUAUAAGAACUAUCUAUUUAGUGGAGUACAUGAAUAAAACAUAGUUUUGAAUACAGUUAAUUUUUAUGCGUCAAACUUUGCUCUAAGGUGGCAAUAGAUAUUAAAAUAGCCAAUGAGGCUUGUGACCUAAACAGUUCCUUAUUGAAUAAUAUGACCAUAAUAUAAGGAGUGUGUGGUAUCAACCGAUACAUAAUAAUUUCUUGCCUGAAUAAGUGAAGUGCACUUUUCAAAUUAAUUUGUGAAAUCUCCUCCCUCUUCCUUCCAAAAACUGUAAAAUUAGCUACAUAUAUACUUGCUUUAAAUGACAAGGGCAUUUCGAUUUGCAUUACAUAAGAACCUGGAAAAUCUUAAAUAUCCUAUGAUUGAAGUGAUAUAUGGAUGUGAUAGCGAAAAUCUUUAACUUCUGUUUCAGUGAUAUCAAUGAAGUUAGUUCAUUCCAUUUUUUGAUCCGGGGAAGAUAACAGCAAAACCAAUGCCUGCAUUGGAAAGGAUUAAAAAAACCAUGCAAACUGGAAAUUCACGAAACGAAGAGGUCUCAAAAUUGACUUAUUUUGUCAAUUACCGAUUAUUAAAUAUACUAAUGUUAUUUUAAUGUCAUGUUUAUUUUGCCCUCGUUAGUUUCAACUACAAAACAGAAUAACAGAUAACAGCACAGCACUCUAAAUGGUCUUCCUGCCAAAGCUUAUUAAUGUUUUCUUGCACAAAAUAUCAUCUUGUUCAUGUCUGAAUGAACUGAUUUUCAUGACUUUCAGGUGACAAAGUGCUUGUGGUAACUACAUUAAAGCACAAAGUGCUGAAAAUACCUGGCAUUACUGACAGAAUUUGUGGGGAACUGUUACUAAUGUUUUGUGUUAAAUAUGACUCAUAUUUGAUGAAAAGUAUUAAAAGUAUUAACUGUAUUGUGUUUCCAUUGAUCCUGCUCAAUUUGCUGGGUAUUUCCAGAACUUUCUGCUUUAAUUUCAGAUUUACAGCAUCCCCAGAUUUUGCUUGUAUGGUUGUUCUUAUUUUUUUAUGGGAAGAGAAUCUUACAGUUUUGCCCAUCAGAGUUAUUUGUAUUGCCAAGAAAACAGAAUGACUUUCUUGAAUCCUUCUCGUGUGACUGUUUGUUUGGCAAUGUUUUACAACAGAGAUAUUCAUAAUGGUGCUAGACACCAACACAAAAAUAAAAAAAACUGGCUUUUCUAAAUAGAAAAGAUAAGACUUUACUUAACCCUUUUCACUGCUGUUGGCAACAUUGCACUAUAUAGACCUCUUGUUCAACUUUGAUGUGUAAAUCCUACCUACUCUAAUUCAUAUCAACAAUUUGAACUAAUUAAAGCAAUGAAAUUUGAAAAAAAAUACAAAUCCCAGUUCAAUGGGAAAUCCAGGGACGUAGAUGAGGAAAGGAAGGAAAUGAUAAUGUUCUGAGCAGGUUGUAGAGAUGUUCUAAAUGAAAUAUGAUAUCAUUUUUCUUUUAUGUUCUGUUGUUUUUUUUUCAUCAUAUCCAUAUUUCAACCACAUGUCUCCACAGCCACCCCCCCCGCCAUCAAAAUCAAGAUAUCACAUCAUGUGUACUUUCUCUGCACUGCCAUCAACAGUAAUGAGACAUUUUGAUCAUGUGUUUCUGUCAAACUUCUGGCACUCAUCUGAGGGGUUAUCACUUGGAGCCAUAUGGCUAAAUCUGUCAUGCAUUGAUAUGCAUUGGACUCUCAGUAAAGUUACAUGUAGACUGCUGGGGAUGAGCCACAUGCUGAUGAAAUGCUUCAAUUUUCAUUCAAUUACAAGCUAAUUUCAUGUGCAUUAUGGUCAAUGUUCCAAGAACCAUCAGAUUUAAGAAACAAAAUUCCAAUAUUUUCUAAUAUGGAUUGGUCCAUCCAUAUUUGAUCAAUAGGGACAACUGAAGUUAAAAUUUGAGAUAUUCAUCACGUGAUCUGAAUGAUAAAUAACUGCAAACUUCUAACAAAGUAUACCAGGCCUGAAAACUUUGAGGUGAUAUUCUUCUUUUUCAAAGUAUUACCAAGAUUUAACUUCUAUUUUCUACAAAUUGCAUUUUUCCUCUCUUAUAAAUAUGCUGAGAGGACUGCAACAGAUGUUAAGUAAUACAAAUGUAUUUAAGUUCGUGUUUGAUCAGUGCAGAGGGAAGUUCCAUUCUCAAUGAAAUCACUGUAGGACACAAUCAUAUAUCAGACAAUAAGUUAGCUUUUUAAUAUAUUAGUUUUAUGAGCUGCACAACAUUUCAAUUUUAUGAAAUUGUUAUCGAAAUUUGAUAAGCAAUUAAUCAAUACAAUUACUCAAAUGCAUCCUCAAAAAUAGUGCCGAAGCAUUUUCUUUUUGCUUUGUUCUCUGUGAAAUUACAUCCUGCGCUCCAAUCUUCAUCUCUGUUCAAUCCACAAACCUCAUUGGCAAAAUCCUGUUCAAAUCUUGAAGGUAUUGUUCGUGCAAGGGUUUUUUUUAAAGAAAUCAAUGCUGGAUCCCCAUGUAUCAACCUGAGCUGAAAAGAACUUACUGAAUUUGUUUCCACAAAUUUACUCUUACUUUAAUAUCCAAUUAAUGUUACUGGAGUGAUUCAUUUUGGAGAGUACAGUCAACCAAAAAAAACUGUGGUGUUGUGCAAAAUUUCUUAUGUCAAAAAGAGCAAGCAAUGAAAACAAUUGAAAAAUAAAUGGCACAAAUAAGCAGCACUGACAUACGUUAUAGUGACUUUUUGAAAAUAAAACUGUGAAAUAAUUCUGACCUCUUCCAUUCAAUUCAAGGAAGAUAAGGAAAAUAUGUUCUAAUGAAUUAACACAACAUUUCUAAAUAACCCAAAGAAGCUUUUUAUACUUAUUGGUAUUCCUGAGUUUUGGCACCAAACUUCGCGACAGCCUGAGUAACAGAGUUUUGUGCAGAGAUCGGUUUGAUUAACUCCAGUGCCACUUUUUGUAGGAGGGAUAAUGCCGUUCCAAGUAAUCCGAAUCGAUAAUGCCAAUGGCGCAAAAUUUAUAGACGUGUUAUGCGAGAUCAGCUUAAAAUGUUUGCAGGCAGUUCUUGAACAGUUCAUUCUAAAGCUUAAAAUACUAGUGACUCUGUCAGACUGAAAGGCACCAGUCGUUGUAAAGGCAUUUCUUUUUAUGACAAUUAAGAAGUUUGGUGCAAUUUAGUAAUGCAUAAUUCCCCUUUAAUUAAGUUCAGUUUGUAAAUAUAUUACCAAAUAUUUAUUUACAAACAAUAUACCUAUGUAGUUGAAAAGCGCAGUGUUGAAGGAGGACUUCGAAGUAUAACAGUUACCUUAACAAAAUCAAGCUGACAAAAUCCCUCAUCUUCAUAACUGCCUUAUAUUUUAGCAAUAUUGCUGUAAGAAAAAAUAUACUUCAGAUGUAAGGGCUUCUAGUUUCUGUGGAAAUAUAACUUUAAAUAACCUGUGUAGAUAAAACUGUAUAGAAUUUUAUUUUGUUUGGGGGAGGGUGGGGGCUGCUCCUUCACCUUUCUUGUAAAUGCUUCAUAUGUUUUUUGUUGUCUGUUUCAAAAAUUUCUUUUUAUUUGUAGUCUCAACUUAAAAGAAUGCUGUCAUUUUGAACCACUGCUUAUCUAAAUGUUACUCCCUAUAUUUUCAUGCGUCUUUGCACAUUGUUGUGAAUAAUCUAAUGAAAUUAGUCAGCUUUUUUUGCUAUGCAACAACUGCUUUGUAUCACUUCUUCGUUCUCAAUUUAUAGAUGUAAAUGUGAAUUGAUAAAUAAUGUAUAGAGUAAAAUACACUUUACCAAAUUGAAGUAUCCUAACUGAGCUUUUAUAAAGAGCUUUGCAGAGUCAGAUAACCAGGGGGUUUUGUCAAAUUACAAAAAAUCCCAAACUUCUAAAUUCAAUUUGAAACAGCCUGGUAGGUGCAUGUUGGAGUGUUAAAGGUUUAGAAAGUGACUAUCAUAGUUUCUAUUUGUUGUAAUAAAGAUUGGCUGAUUUGGAAGUUUUGAAUUGCAAUCUCUAUCACUCAUUGAUCAUUUUUUUCCAACUACUUUAAAUAGUAAUUUUGGGAUAUAGUAAGGGACAGAGAAUAUCUUGUGAAUUCAAAUUUAUUCAGAAAGCUUGGAUUUUUUUAACAAAACAAUAGGACAGAAACCCCUGUUUUCUGAAAUCAUUUUGUCUUCCUUGCUGAAUACAAUUACUAUAUUGGAAGGCUGCUAAUUACUGUUGGACUGAUGGCAAGUACUCAGCUAAAGCAUCAAAUGAUGUUCAUACAUUUGUCUAAUGGUGAGUGAUAUAAUGUACCCAGAUGCAAUAAAUCCCAUUAAGGCUGUGGUAUUCCUCUUUGACCUGCUCAGGCUUCACUUUAGAAUUGGUAUGAACUGUUUUUAUUCUUAAAUAAACCUUUUCUCAACGCAAACAAAUUUACUUGAAAUUUGCUGUUUCUGAUCAUAUUGCUCUCACUCUAACUGUUUGUCUAUCAUUUGUACCAAAAGUCAUGCUUUUGCCAGGACUCUCAGGUUUAGAAGGAGACAAAAUAUAUAAAGAUGUUUCUAAGAAAAGCAAGAAAGACGAAGCCAUCAAGCUCAGCCGUGUGCAUUACCAGUAAUUACAUGAUCAUUCAUCGCUUUUUUUCAUAAUUGCCUUGUUUGGUCAAAAGGAGAAUACUGCAACUUUAAAUUCCUGAAAAGAUUGUAUAGGGUCUGAUGUGACAGAUGAGAUAUUUUGUUGGAUUAUAGAAUUUAUCACAAGUUAUUGAAUAUAUUUCAGUCUCUUAUAGUUGCUACUAAACUAGUUGAUGGUAAUAAACUUAAAUUAUUGGUCAA